UGGAUUUUUCAAAGUCUUUAUCAUAACCACUUCUUUCUUUCUUUCUUUCUCAUUUUACAAAUUAAAGAGAAAGAAAGAAGAGACAAAUCCAAUUUGUACCCAAGAUCAAUAUUUCCAUUGCUUGGGUUUUGGUUGGAUUUCUCAUAAAAUUAAGAAGAAGAUUUGAUUAAAGAUGGCAUUCAGUGGGACAAUGGAGAAAUGUAAGGCAUGUGAUAAGACAGUUUAUCUGGUUGAAUUGCUGACUGCAGAUGGUAAAUCUUAUCAUAAAUCAUGCUUCAAAUGCAGCCACUGCCAAGGCAAACUCACGAUUAGCACAUACUCCUCCAUGGAAGGAGUUCUCUACUGCAAACCUCAUUUUGAACAACUCUUCAAACAAACUGGUGGUUUCACUGCUAUGAGUUCUCCACAUUCUGGAAAAUCAGAGAAAAAUCUUCUGCCUAGAGCUCCAAGCAAGCUCUCAGCUUUCUUCUCUGGUACACAAGACAAAUGUGCAACAUGCCGUAAAACAGUUUAUCCACUUGAGAAGGUGAGCGUGGAAGGAGAGUCCUUCCAUAAAUCAUGUUUUAAGUGUUCCCAUGGAGGAUGUUCUCUUUCAGCUUCAUCCUAUGCUGCUUUAAAUGGAAUUCUCUACUGCAAGCCUCAUUUUGCACAACUCUUCAAAGAAAAAGGUAGCUACAAUCAUCUGAUCCGCUCAGCUUCUGAGAGACGUAACCCAACCCCUGCCGAAACAGAGCCAGACCGUAAAGCAGAAUCAGAACCAGAACCAGAGCCAGAUACUGCAGAUGAGUAAUCUGCUCAUCUGUAUUCCCCCCGAGAGUGGACAAGAUUUAUCGUUUUUCUCUGAUGUCGGAUUAGGUUGUCUAAAUUUCGUGUUGGAUACUUAUGUUUCCUUCUUCUUGCAUUUUGAUUAUAUUUGUGUAAUAUUCUGAAAUUCGAAGCAUGUACAAGCAAGCAAUGUAACACCAUAUGAAAGUUCAAAAUUUUCUUUUCACCAA